GCGUAGUUCGUGGGCAAACGACGGUCUAAAUUCGUUAGCUGCGACGUGUGCGGCGCGUGUUUUGAACGGAGCGGAACGCUGGAAAGUAGGCAAAAACUACUUUUUCCAAUAUUCCACAGUAUUUCGCAGGUGCGGCGUAAGAUUUAGAUAUUUUUCGGAAAGCUUUGUCGGCGCGCGUGUGUUGUGCGUAGAAAAAAAAAAGAAAAAACGUGGUGCGGCACCUGCGGGAGUUUCAAAACAGCACAAAAACUACGAGUGUCAUGCGAUGAUCGAUUUCCCGGUUCUGAUCGGUGAAACAGUUCCUUCGGUGCGUCGUUGGGUGGCAAAACUCCUGGCCUACUGAGCGGUUCUUAUUCAAUUUCUGAUCUCCUACGAACCGGGUGUCCGACGUUUAUUUAUUAACAGAAUGGGGGAAACACCAAAGGUGGAGUUCGCCGUCGGCAGCGAGGUUUCAUCGGUGUCGUUUUACAAAAGUUCAUUCGCCAGAUCGUUCGCGAUGAAUGCGCGCGAGACGAAAUCGUUAGAUUUCGCGUUCAUGAACGGCGAGACCAUCGCCGAGGAGCCCAACUCGUCUCCCACGUCGUACGACAACAGGAACAACAACUUCGUUCUCCAUAACUCGAUCACCGGGAAGACGGUUAGCAGCUCCGAUGUCAAGCUGUGGAGGAUCAACGAGAGUAUAACCGUUGACACCGAGGCACCGGCAGAAUUGGACAAACUUCGAAAGGAGUACCAGAAUUUGGCAGAAGAAAAUCGCAGACUGCAGAAUAAUCUGGCGGUUGGACGAACGCCUCAGUCGCGAGUCAUAGACAACGUUCUUCUGCAAACGCAAAUUGACACACUUCAAUGGCAGUUGAAACAGACAGAAGCAAACAGGGAAAUGUACCGAGCGCUGAUGGCGCAAGUGGUGCGGUUCCUGGAGCGAGCGCACAAGAGCCUUGACAUCCUGCACGAGAAGUCAAACCCGAAGAACGGAAAAGCGUCGCGGGUGCCGCGCAGCAGAAGCGUGCACGGUGUGGACGAGUCCUCGGUGAGCAGAGGUUCCCAUCAGUCUUCAGCGUCCUGCGCGAGUUUCGCACGUGCGAAAUCAGUAACCCAAAUAUCGCCGACGAGUGGCACGAACCGGGACUCGACGAGCAUUUGGUCCGUCCUGCGUCGCACCGAGACGCCACCACCAGGAUUGCAGCAGCCGCGGCCGGAGGUCCAGCCCCACGAAGGUGUCGUCUACAGACGACGGCCAACAUCAUCGGAGAACAACCCGGACGAAGUACCGCCGGAGCGGCUGUCCCAGGAGGCUUUUAGGCUGAUGAGAACAGCCCAGUCGCUUCUUGCAACGCGAGAGCCAGAUUUGGUCCGAGUGAGCGAGGUGGACAACCGGCGUGCGCCCUCGCCCUGUAACAUCGACGGGCCGCUGCCUCUGCAGAGCUUCACCAACUCCACGCCACUUUGCGACUCGUUGUUGUCGAGCAGCGACCGCGCGAACUCACGAUGCGACAAUGACGCGACAUUCUCGCGGCGCGCGGAACCCGGCACUGCGGGUUGCCUGCUGCCAGGCGCAAGGCGUUCACUAGACGCGGCCUCGCUGCACUCGGCGAGCAGCAAGACAACCGAGACGACCGAGGAGGAGGACGGGGGUCCGCGUUCCUUGCUUGCAGGCGCCCUGGAGCGCGAAUUCGUCGUCAAAUCUUCCUCCACACCGAACCGCAGGCCGAAAAAGCCCACUGAAGUUGGGCUUAAGACCAAGCCCUGUACCGCCAGUGUCAGCAGCGCCGAGGACGAAAGCGGAUUCUCAUCUAUGAGCUCUUUUCAGGAUGUCGGCCUCCCUCCCGCCCCAUCACUCGUCAAGGGUUAUCACACCGAAGUCGGCCUCCCUGACGUCCCCGUCAAGGUCAGGCAUCGACGGUGGAGCUCAACUCCUGCCGAGAUGCAGGCCCUCUUCAACGGCCGCUACAACGCCAGUUUCACUGCCGCCAAGACCGGCAGCGAGGCGCUCAAGGUGCUCUGGGUUUAACCGCAAGGUUCGAUUUACGUCCAUCGGAAGAUGUGAAAAUUUAUUGAUCGAAAUUCGCUCGGUGGGGCCGGAUUUCGAUCAGACGCAUUUAAGCACCGCAAACAAGUCAAUAGUGUACAAAUCUUUCCUAUAUAUAUUAUAUAUAUUUGUGUAUUGUGUUAUGCAUUUUAUUUUACUCGUCGUAUGAUCCUGAUACCCGCGAGCACGCGGUGUAGGGAGAAUUUUAUGAUUUUCAUUGCAUAUUUUUAUUUUGUUUUAUUCUAUUUGCCCAGUCAUUCUUAUCUUUUGUUUCUUUUCUCGAAGUCACAGAUACUUCGAAGGUACUGUAGCUUCAGCUUUCAGGUAUUAACACUUGGCAAAUAUGAAUUUAGUUCAAUUUUAUCUCCCGAUUUUGAUUUCUUUUUUGUUUUUACUUUCAUUAUUUUUUUUUCUAUAUCAUUGAUAUGGUGAAAUUGGUCAUAUCAGAUACGUGAACGACGUUUUUGACUUAAUGAAACAUAUUACAGAUAAUCGUUUCACCAGCAGUACGAUAAACUCUUGUCACACAGAGUUCUGUGAAGACUCGAGUUGAACGAUUCGUCAGAUGACAUACAAAUUUUUUGCAAUCUUGUUUUCGUCAGCAGAGAAAUUUUUAUUUUCACCAAAACAUAUAGAAAAGAUUCUAGACAAUGUUAUUCGAAAGUAUUUGUUGGUUGUAUAAGAAGGAACCGAAAAUUCUUUUUUACCAAAACUUCAAUGCAUUCUCAUUUAAUUUUUUGUUUCGAUUGAUUGUGAGAAACAUGAUUUAAUAAGGCAAAAACAUUGUUCUGCCACACUAAUCUACAUGAUGAAAGCUGACUGAAUUUAAAUGUUCUACGUGUAAUAAUUAACUAUAAGCCGUAUCGUAAUACCGUUAGUUCAAUUUGUAUGCAAGACUCUCCGAGCAUCGAUCCUAAAUGACGAACUUUCGUUUCGUACAUAAUUUCAAUCUCGCUUCUGGAUGCGACAGAUCGUAUCCUAUGUACAGAUAUCGAUUGCGGCGAAUUAUAUUUACCUAUAUAUUUGAUGUUUUUAUCUAUUGUUUUUUUUUUUGUCAUCUCAUGUUUUAAUCUGCAGAAUACACAAGUCCAUUAGCUUUGGCCAUAAUUAAUGCAUAUUGUGAUCGGUAAGUGUGUUUUGUAAACAGUAAAAUCUUAGGUAUAUUCUAAAAAAAUUCAAUAAUGCAACAAGAAAAGAAGAAGGUUGCGCUCUUAUUAUAACAUUAUUAAAAAAAUUACGUAUAUUGUACGUUUUUAAUACUUUGACACUUAUAUAUGUACACAACGCGUUUUAACUGAUUAUUGUACAAUUUGAAUUGGAAUGUCCAAAAAUGAAAAAAGCGCAAAAGCACGAAUUUGUGUGAGAUCAAUUAAAUCACGAAAGUUUCAAUCACACAUGAUCUAUAUACAGUUAACCUCGAUUCUCUACCGUUACGCGACCGUAACGCAUAUUCUCUAGAGAAUAAUUUUACUUAUUAAGUAAUUGUACAUCUGGUUAUGUUAACGAUUAAUCAGUAAACACAUACAACUAUAUUGGAUUACUAUUGAAAAAUACUGUAAUUUCAAAGCAAUGAGUGUAAGGUGGUAAGUACAUAUAGAUGUAUAGUCGACGAUGUUAGAUGCGGAAUGAUGAUUGAUAAAUUGACACUAAAAAGUACCAGGAAAAACACUUACGUGUGAGUUACAAGGUUGUAUUUUCUUUUUCGAUUUGACCUGGCGAAAGCUCAGACAGCUAAAAACAUCGCCACGUUUUUGCAAUUAGAUAAUGCACAAAAAUCCUGGUGCUGUGUUCGUCGUAUGUAAUUUAGGUUUCCCUUUGUUAGUACUGAAGCAUAUUUGAGUGAAAACGCAUUUCCUCACCAAGCUUACAAACCAAAUUGAUAAUUUAAACAGUACCAGGCGAAAAAAUAGAGAAGGUGGAACUGAAAGUAUCUAACUAACAAUGAGAAAAAGGAGAAGGGAAGAAAAUUUUUCAAUUGCACUAAUUCUCUGCGAUGUAUUUAAGAACGCAUUUCGAGUACCAGUUGAAUCUUUAUUUGUAGCAUGUAAGAGUGAUUAAUACAAGUGUAAACUGUUUAUUACGAUACGCAUUGCUCAAUGCGUUCAAGUUAGGCUGAAUUGUACAAUAAAAUGAUUUUGUGAAA